UCUAUCAGAAUGAUAUACACCGCAAUUGACACCUUCUACCUUACUGAGGAGCAACUCAAAGAUUCACCCUCUAGGAAAGAAGGUGUAGAUGAGGAGACAGAGAUGAUGCUUCGGUUAUAUGGGUGUGAUCUCAUCCAGGAGAGCGGCAUCCUACUUAGAUUACCUCAAGCUGUGAUGGCAACAGGACAGGUUCUCUUCCACCGUUUCUAUUGCAAGAAAUCGUUUACUCGCUUUAGCGUUAAGAGGGUUGCUGCUAGCUGUGUUUGGCUUGCAUCAAAGUUAGAGGAGAGCCCCAGAAAAGCAAAACAAGUCCUGGUCGUCUUCCAUAGAAUGGAAUGUCGGAGAGAGAAUCUACCAGUAGAACAUUUGGAUUUCUUAUCUAAGAGGUAUUCAGAGUUGAAGAAUGACUUGAUAAGGACGGAGCGACAUUUGUUAAAGGAAAUGGGCUUUGUCUGCCAUGUAGAACAUCCUCACAAGUUUAUCUCCAACUACCUUGCAACCCUUGGCACUCCUGAUGAACUGAGACAAGAAGCUUGGAAUCUCGCCAAUGAUAGUCUGAGGACAACCUUGUGUGUCCGUUUCAAGAGUGAAGUUGUAGCAUGUGGGGUAAUAUAUGCUGCAGCACGCAGGUUUCAAAUUCCACUUCCUGAAAACCCACCUUGGUGGUUAGUUUUUGAUGCUGAUCAGAAUGGCAUUGAAGAAGUUUGUAGAGUUCUCGCACAUGUGUACACACUUCCAAAGGCACAAUAUAUACCAGUUUGCAAAGAUAAUGAUUCCUUCACAACCAGAACUAAAACACCUGAUUCUCAGGCUCAAGUUCCCAAGGAAAGUUUGGUUAAUGGUGCUGCUGAUGACAACGCCAGUUCCAAGGUAGGGGAUGAUAAUCAAGAUGCUAAGAGAAAACUAGCUGUUGACAAAUUGAAGGAGUCGAAGAGAAGUGAUGAUGAUCCUAAAUCUGGGCAAGUUGAUGGGGACGUCAAAGAAGAUUCUGAAGCAAAAUCAGUCACAGAAAGGAGUCAGGAGAGAGAAAGAAAGAGAUCAAAAGCUAAAGAUCGAGAUAGCAGCAGGGGCAGAGACUCUGAUCGUGAUAGUCGAGGAAGAGACUCUGAUAGAGACAGGGACCGAGAGAGGGAGCUAGAGCGGGAUAGGGAGAAACACAGGGGGAGAAGUCACCGGUCCAAUGACAAAGGCUCUGGUCACUCGGAGAAAUCCAGGCAUCACCCUCCAAGAGAUCGUAGCGGAUAUCACAGCUCUCGUUCCCCCUCUGAGAGAAAACGGCACAGGCACCGUCAGUAUUCUUGAAGAUGAAGUCACUAUGCUUUGUAACGUUGACAAAUCUACUAAAUGUAGAGGUACGGUUUAUUCUGUAUGAGAUGAUCUACAAGUCGGCUGUAAAUUUUCUGAUUUAAUCCUCGGUUUCAUUUUGUGCACAAUGAGGUGAAAUGAAAUGCAGCGCAUCUGGCGACCCUCUCUGUGAACAGAACCUGCUGUUGUUUCAAGAAAUCUUUUUUCCCCGAGAUAAAUGCUUGUGUGCUUUGCACACAAGUAUAGUACUGAAUGCUUAGUUGUAUGAUAAGGGAAGAAAUUUAACGUCAUAUGCAUAUCUGGGACCUUUUCUUUGAGGGCUAAGUGCUGAUAUGUAUUCGGAUACAAAAAGCCAUAACAAAUGUUGUGUUGUGUUGCACUUUCAGUUGAAAUGAUUCUGGUGAAUACUCUAGCAUUUUGGUGCCGUUAAGAAAACAAUAUUUUUUUUGUGAA